GGCGGCAAAUCCAAGAGCCUGAAAAAGGCCCAUUAAAGCCACCAAAAACCAGCAGAAUCAUUUUCACCCUCAGGAAAUCAAGGGGCUUGCAUGACUCUGGCCCUGGUUUUUCCUCUUCCUGGUAGCCUAAUAAAUGCAGCCAACCCAAACAGUUAGCGAUAGAAACAAUGAGCUAUUGCAACUUCAGGUCUCUAACCGUUUUCUUUUCAUGUUUGCAGUAUAAAUAGUGGUUCAGCAAUCCAGUUUUCUUUCAGAGAAAAAAGAUCAGUUGAUUGAUAAGAUAAAUCUUGGUUUUCUCUUUCCAUGGCUUCUCUUGUACUUUUAUUGUCUGAACUUCUUCGCCACCAUGAACCAAACUUUGCUUUUGAAACACCACCUCCUUCCUCCUCUUGCUUUUCUUCUCCACCUCCUCCUGCUUCUUGUGGUGCUUCGAUGUCUUUUGCUGCCAAGAAACGGUUGAGAAAUGAUGCCAACAAGUAUGAGUCAGAGAUUGUAAAGGAAGAUCCGCAAGAGCUAAGGGUCUCUGUUGACCUAGUCUGGCCUUAGUGUUGAUGAUAGAAUUCCUUUCAAGCACCAACCAUGUUCUUUUGUCAUCUUUAGUUCAUGGUUGCUGCAUGAUUUCAUCCUCAAACAAGGCACCUUUGGUGAUUAUUAUUUUAUGUACAAAUUUGGCAGCCAUCUAGCUCUCAGGAUGUACCCCAGUAAUGAACUAUGCCUUUUUUUUGUAAAACCACUGACUCAUGAUGAAAAUCUCAACUUUGCAGUUUCAUAUUGUAGUUUGAGAUUCUCACUUGGUCUUAAUUUUUUUAAAAUUCUUUAUUCUCUUGUGUAAAAUGAUUGUAUUGCAAAGCUAUUUUCCAUUUUUAUCUUCUUCAAUUGUGUAUCAAGUCAACAUACUGAUGCCAACUGCCAAAAUGUAUAAAUGAAUCAACCCAUUUGAUUUCUUGAUUGCAAAGAAGUAAAGAAGCUGUCAAAUCCUUGCUCAGUUUCCCUUUCUCUGAUCUGUUAAUUUAUGCCAGAAAAUGAGAAAAAAGAGAAAGAAAAGGAAAAGAACAAAACGGUAAAUGAUGUUAUAAUUUGUCUUGUUGGUUUACCAAAUAUUAAGAUUUCUUCUUAUCUCAUCUGCUGUCAUGAUUGUUUUUGGGGGUACUCAGCUUCUAUUCUGAAUAGUUUAGUAUUGAUUGAUCUGACACUUGUAAGAAUUUGUUAAGUUGAACAUCUAUCUGCAAAUAAAAUAUAUUUGUGUAAGCUUAACCUAUGUAAUUUUUUCAACAGAACUGAAGUAUUUUAUUUUGAUAUUUUAUAGGAUUAAAAGCAAUGUAAGCAAGUUUUGUCAACAGGUUCCGGAAUGACAUACAAAACGUGUUCAUGCCCUUAAUCAAAAUCAGAAAAGCUAUCUACCAAUAUCAACAGAAGAAACAUAGCUAAGUUUCACUUCAUUUUCCUUCUCUACUAAGAAGAAAACAAGAUGGAUGGGUUUGUGGGUGGGGCUUUUCUUUCUGCUUUCCUCCAGGUGUUGUUUGAUAGGAUGGCUUCCCGUGAGGUUAUUGACUUCAUCCGGGGAAAGAAACUCACUGAUGACUUAUUGAAGAAGUUGAAGAUACUUUUGAUUUCUGUUGAUACAGUUCUCAAUGAUGCUGAGGAGAAGCAAAUUACCGGUUUGACAGUGAAGAAGUGGGUUGAUGAGCUUAAAGAUGCAGUUUAUGAUACAGAAGAUGUGAUGGAUGAGAUAGCUACUCAAGCACUCAAAUGCAGAGUUGAAGCAAAGUCAACAAGCAGCAUAAGUCAGAUUCCACUCAGUUAUGAUUCCAAACUUUGGCAUGCAUGGCAAUGAGUGAAAUACCGCAAAAAAGAUAAAGUUGUUGAUAACGU